CCACCACCAAUACCUAACUGAGGACUUUGGGAGCACUUGAAUUAUUCCAAGUACCUAUCUUACCUUUUCCGCGUUUGGUUUGGAAUUUAAUUCUUCUUUUACGUCUUGCAAAGAAGAAUCUGGUCGUCUUUUUAGUGUCUGGAAUUUCAAUUCAAUUGACGUCCGUUAUCAUAAUUCCGUGUUUCUUUGCAUAGGAGUAUAUCCUUUAUAGAUUCGUUUUUCUUUUUUUCUAUAGAAAAAAUUGUACCGUGUAGAGGGUUAGAUUUCGCGUUUUCUGACUCAACAUUGUUUCGUGUAUUUCCUAAGAUACCAUUUUCAAUCGUUAUCCACCAAUUUUUGUGUGGUAGAAUCAUCUCCUAGCCGUCUUUUUCGUUUUUGUGUAUUCAGUAUGGCUAUCUCUUUAUUACCUCUCGUAUUGUCCGGAAUUUUGGCCUGGUAUGUGGGUUACAUCCUAAACCAAAUUACCAACCGUAAUCCCAAGCGCCCUCCUAUUGUUUUCCAUUGGGUACCAUUCUUUGGUUCUGCUAUCCCUUAUGGUAUUGAUCCUUAUGCCUUUUUCCACGAAUGCCGCGAGAAAUAUGGUGAUGUUUUUACCUUUGUCUGCAUGGGAAGAAAAAUGACUGCUUAUCUUGGUGUUAAGGGUAACGAUUUCCUUUUCAACGGUAAACUCGCUGACUUGAGCGCCGAAGAGGCUUAUUCUCAUUUAACCACUCCUGUGUUUGGCAAGGACGUCGUUUAUGAUGUACCCAACCAUGUUCUUAUGGAACACAAAAAGUUUAUUAAAUCCGGUCUUGGUUUUCCUCAAUUCCGUUCCUAUGUGCCUCUUAUUCUUAACGAAAUGGACGCCUUCCUUAACACUUCUCCCGAAUUUGGUCCUGGCAAGGAAGGUAUCGCUGAUUUGCUUAAAACUAUGCCCGUUAUGACUAUUUUCACUGCUUCUCGUACUUUGCAAGGUGCCGAAGUUCGCGAAGGCUUCGACGCUGGUUUUGCCGAUUUGUACCAUGAUCUCGAUCAGGGUUUUAGUCCUAUCAAUUUUGUCUUCCCCUGGCUUCCUCUCCCUAGAAACAGACGCCGUGACAGAGCUCACAACAUUAUGCAACAAACUUAUCUCAACAUUAUCAAGCAACGUCGUUCAAGCCCCGAAAACCCUGGAAGCGAUAUGAUUUGGACAUUAAUGAAUUCCAAGUACAGAGAUGGUCGUAAUCUAAAGGAACACGAGAUUGCAGGUAUUAUGAUUGCCCUCCUCAUGGCUGGUCAACAUACUUCUGCUGCUACAAUUAUGUGGGCCCUCACUUUACUCGGUAGCAAGCCUGAAGUUAUUGAGAUGCUUUAUGAGGAACAAAAGCGCGUCUUGGGUGAAGGUGAAAACUUCCAUGUUGACUUUGACAAGUAUAAAGACUUGCCUUUGUUGAACUAUGUUAUCCGUGAAACUCUCCGUCUUCAUCCUCCAAUCCACAGUAUCAUGCGUAAGGUGAAACGCGAUUUGCCUGUUCCUGAUUCUAAGAUGGUCAUUCCCGCUGGUUCCCAUUUGCUUGCUGCUCCUGGAUAUUCUGCUACUCAUGAGGAUUUCUUUACUCAUGCUAAGGAAUUCUGCCCUGAACGCUGGGGCGAACGUCCUGAUGACGAAGAAAAUGCUGAACAGAUUGAUUACGGAUAUGGUCUUGUUAGCAAAGGUGGCUCUUCUCCAUAUCUUCCAUUUGGCGCUGGUCGUCAUCGUUGCAUCGGUGAGCAAUUUGCCUACAUGCAUUUAACUACUAUUAUUUGCAAAUUUGUUCAUGACUACACGUGGACAACUGUUGGUAAGGUUCCCGAUGUGGACUAUUCUUCCAUGGUUGCCCUCCCCUUAGCCCCCGUUAAGAUUGCCUGGAAGCGUCGUGAUUAGAUUUUGUGCAUUUGCUUUAUCACCGAAAAAAUGUCCUAAACUCUGAGUAUUUUAGUUUUUUGCUGUUUAGGAUGUUGAUGAUGUUUCUUUGUGUUGAACAAAAUUAUCUUAUUGAUGAAGUUUACUACUAUGGAUGGAUGCAAUGUAUCUUGAAUCACUCACAUUUUUUAGUGUAAAAGAAGCAAAGAGUUGUUUAUGCAAUCUGUUAACCGUUAACCUUAGAUCGACUUUCUUUACAUAGAAUAGAACCUUUAUAACCUGUAAGUUAUAUUUAAUCAGAUUUGAAAUAAUCAAAGAGUGUUUUCAGGAUAA